UGACAACAGCAAGGCGUCCAAUCAGAGCACCUGACCAAGAAUAUGUUUGCUAGAGUCUACAAUGCUGGCAAGGCUUGGAGAAAGAGACUAGAACUCCAUCACUGGAGCGUAACAUCGAACCGCAAUAUCCACAUCAAAGACCAAAGAGAGGGGGGUUAGGAUCAAUGGCACAUAUAACGACGUGGCAUAAUAUGUUAAAACAACCUUCCACACAAGUGUCUUAGGCUCAUAACCGGUUACUAAUAAACGAUGAAGAACGAUCAAGCAGCUGUCACGAAACUUCUCCAAACAUGGGACAGGGGAUCAAAGACUACGCGAGCUAAAAUAUUGCAAGAAUUCAUAAAUGAAAACCAAAACAAAACAGGGCCGGCUCUUGAGCUAGAGUUCGCCCACUCUGCUAGUUUGUUUCUCACUAGAUUGACAGCCUGGCUGAGAUUAACGUAUAUGAUGGGUAGCUAUGUGAAGCUACAGUUACAAGCGAUUACAAUUUUUGUUGGAGCUUCAAGCGGGCACAAGUUCCUGGCAGAAUUUCUGGAGGUUGGGGGAGUGCUGACAGUUUUAGAAAUUCUGGGACUUAAGCAAGCAAAGGAGGAGGAUAAAGCCCAAGCUCUGAAGCUUCUAAUGCAUGUUGUAAAUUCUGGACGACGAUACAAGGAAUUAGUUUGCGAGAGCUUUGGGAUAAGAGCAGUGGCAGAAUGCUUGGCUAAAUCUAAUUCUGAGGAGACACAGGAUUAUGCUCGAAACCUGCUCCAGCAGCUUGCCAAUGGAAAUCCUAAGUAUGAAGCACAAGUUUACAAAGCCCUCAUUGCACUUCUAAAGUCAGCUUCUCCUAAAGCUCAGCAGAUGGCAGCUCAAACACUACGAAUUGUACAGCCAGUUGUAGGUACAGCCAAUCCCACGAUUGUUGAUCCAGUCCUUAUGCUGCUUAAGUCCCUCCACCUUGAGGUCCAGUAUGAGGCGUGUGAACUCAUCAAAGACCUGAUGAGUUAUGAUGUGAGGUACAGCCUGCUUCAAGGACUGGUUGCCUUGCUUAAGCCGACUAAGGAUGAGAUUCGGGAAAGCGCAGACUCCCUGAUUGCAGACCCUGACGCUCCCCAGCUGCAGGCCCCUCUCCCCGUCUUUGUCCAGCAAGCUGCUGCUGCUAAAAUGAUAGGUAUUUUGGCGAAAGAAUCCCCAGAGAUCUCGGAGUCUUUGGUUCAGCUGCGAGCGACCCAUGGUCUUCUUUAUGCAAUGGGGAAUACUCAGCAUGCUGAUAGCCAGAGGCAAGCAGGAAUCACCCUAGAGGUACACCUGUGCUUCACACUAGAGUUCUUUGUGCGCUCCUACCCUCUCAUCAACGAAAAAGUCAAAGAGGCUCUUGGAGACACCUUUUAUGAAGAAUUUUUGGCCCACCCAGACACCAUGUAUGUAAACAUGACACCCAUUCAAGCAGAUGUUCUCGUGUCAAACAAACUCAACAUCGCAGGAGUUAUGGAAGUGCAAGAGUGAUGCUGGUUGUCCAGUUGCUGCACCUAGUAUAAUCCUGUUUCAUGUGAAAACAAAAAUAAGCUUACUUGUAAAUACAUGAUAGAAAUUUGAUGAUGAUGUUGUUCAUAGCUCACUGUAUAAUUUUCCUAUAAAUUAAAUGAUAUAUAUUGAUUUAGAAA